UUUUUCAUUCUUUGCAGAGUUCUUCUUCAAUGGAGGGCGUUCAAUCCAAAGAAUCACAAGACCCAACUCUUACAAACACCAGAGGAGGAAAAUAUCUUAUGGUGGCCCAAGCUUUGCUGAGAACAUUGGUGGCUGUAUGCACGUUGACUGCAGCAUGCUUGAUGUUCACCAGCAAACAAACUACUUCAGUGUUUGGAGUUUCUUUUAGCGCAAAAUACAAUUAUGUGCCGGCUUUUCGUUUCUCGGCCGAAAUCGUCGGAUUUGACCCAUAUGUUCUUAUGUUUUUUUUUGGGGGGGGGUUUAUUUGCAGGUUCUUUGCAGAUGCAAACGUUGCUGCAUGUGUCCUCUCUCUGCUUUCCUUGGGCACUGUUUGCUUUAUUUAUCAUCGAUUGACCUAUUUUUUCCUGUUUUUGCAUGAUUUGGUGAUGAUGACAUUGCUGAUGGCCGCUUGUGCUGCAUCAACUGCAAUUGGUGAGGUUGGUGCUCAUGGAAAUAGCUACACAGGUUGGAUGCCAAUAUGCGACCACUUCGGGAAGUUCUGUAACAGAGUCACGGCUUCUCUCAUUUUCUCUUACUUGGCUGUGAUGAUGUUCCUUGUUCUUACUGUCUUAUCUGCACUCCGCAUGCAACCACCGAGGUUAAUAUCAAGCUCUUCAUCAGUAGUCGUAGUAGUAUGA